AUGCCCAGCACCAGAGUCUCUCAGCUUCUCCCCCAGCAGGGAGCGGGCUAUGCCAAUCUCGCUGGAGACGGGCAGCGUGACAAGCGAUGCUGGGUGGCCUUUCGGCUGCUGGACAAGGAUGAGUGCCUGGCCGAGAGGAGAGCGGGCAGAUAUGGCAGAGCCGGGGGAUUGGCAGGGGCUCGGGUCUCUGUCUGGGGGAUCGGCGGGUACGCAGCUGGGCCGGUCCACCUGCUGCCUGGCCAAGCAAAGCAGCGUUCAGCUCUGGCUGCACCCGCGAGUGCAGCUGAGUCAGUUUGGUUUUCCCUUUCCUUGCUGACCCUCCUCCCCUGCCCUCUCCUCAGCUGGAAGGCGCCGCAUUACAUCCUGGGCAUGUCGGAGGCACGGCACGACCGCGUGCGCAGAAAGUACCACGUCCUGGUGGAGGGCGAGGGCAUCCCCCCACCCAUCAAGAGCUUCAAGGAAAUGAAGUUCCCGGCAGCUAUCCUGAGAGGCCUGAAGAAAAAGGGAAUCCAGCAGCCGACCCCCAUCCAGAUCCAGGGCAUCCCCACCAUCCUGUCCGGCAGGGACAUGAUCGGCAUCGCAUUCACUGGCUCAGGGAAAACCCUGGUGUUCACGCUCCCCGUCAUCAUGUUCUGCCUGGAGCAGGAGAAACGGCUGCCAUUCUCCAAGAGAGAGGGACCCUAUGGACUCAUCAUCUGCCCCUCUAGGGAGCUGGCCAGGCAGACCCACGGCAUCCUUGAGUACUACUGCCGCCUGCUGCAUGAGGACAGCCUGCCCCUGCUGCGCUGUGCCCUCUGCAUCGGGGGCAUGUCCGUCAAGGAGCAGAUGGAGACUAUCAAACACGGUGUGCACAUGAUGGUGGCUACCCCGGGCCGCCUCAUGGACCUGCUGCAGAAGAAGAUGGUGAGCCUGGACAUCUGUCGCUACCUGGCCCUGGAUGAGGCCGACAGGAUGAUCGACAUGGGCUUCGAAGGAGACAUCCGCACCAUCUUCUCUUACUUCAAGGGCCAGAGGCAGACCCUUCUCUUCAGUGCCACCAUGCCCAAGAAGAUCCAGAACUUUGCCAAGAGUGCCCUGGUGAAGCCCAUCACCAUCAAUGUGGGCCGAGCUGGAGCUGCCAGCCUGGAUGUCAUACAGGAAGUGGAGUAUGUGAAGGAGGAAGCCAAGAUGGUGUACCUGCUAGAGUGCCUGCAGAAGACCCCGCCGCCCGUGCUGAUCUUCGCGGAGAAGAAGGCUGACGUGGACGCGAUCCACGAAUACCUGCUGCUCAAGGGCGUGGAAGCAGUGGCCAUUCAUGGAGGGAAAGACCAGGAGGAGCGGACGAAGGCCAUCGAGGCCUUCCGAGACGGGAAGAAGGACGUCCUGGUUGCCACCGACGUAGCCUCCAAGGGCUUGGAUUUCCCAGCCAUCCAGCACGUCAUCAACUACGACAUGCCGGAGGAGAUCGAGAACUACGUUCACCGAAUUGGGCGUACGGGCCGCUCAGGGAACACUGGCAUCGCCACCACCUUCAUCAACAAGGCCUGUGAUGAGUCUGUGCUCAUGGACUUGAAGGCGCUGCUGUUGGAGGCCAAGCAGAAGGUGCCCCCGGUGCUGCAGGUGCUGCACUGCGGGGACGAGACCAUGCUGGAUAUUGGAGACGAGAGGGGCUGUGCCUUCUGUGGGGGCCUGGGCCACCGUAUCACCGACUGCCCCAAGCUGGAAGCCAUGCAGACCAAGCAAGUCAGCAACAUCGGCCGCAAGGACUACCUGGCACACAGCUCCAUGGACUUCUAGCCCAGGCUCCUGGGCUGCGCUGCUGCCUGCGGUGUGUGCUCGCUGGGCCAGGCAGGAGAGUUCCUUGGAGCCCAGCAGCCUUGGCAGCUGGCCCCACUUCUUCCCAAGAGCACGUGGGGCCGGGGCUGUCUGCAGGCAGUGCCAUGCCCCUUCCCUCUGGGCUCAGACGUGUCGUAAGGUGCCCUGUGUUGUGUGGGCCAGGGGCCGGUGCUGCUCGGCCAGGCCCCGCGGUUCCUGCUCGGAGAGGAAGCACCGGAGCUAUGCUGCAAUGGCCCAUUACAUCAGUCAGUGUCACCAUGCAGAGAUGGGGCAAGCUGGGCCCCCAGCCCCAGCCUCUCGCAGGCCCUGCAAAGCCCCAUGGCACAGGAGAGCCAGGGCCAGAGGCAAACCCGGCCCUUGUCACGCGGGGCUGGGCCCAGUGACACCUGCCGAAGGCCUGGGGCUCUGAGGGGUGGUUGUGCUGGCCUCACUCGAGUUGCUCGGGGCUGGAAGGGCAGCCUGGGGCUCUGGCCGACCCUCUGCUGCGGGCCGUGUCCGGUGCCGUCGCUGGCUGCGGAGGAGCUGGGCAGCGGGGCACCGUCUCCAGGCUUGGCUGCCUGAACC